GUGCCUGGUAUCAGACUCAAUAAAAAGAGGCACACGGCUUCAACAUCCACAAAUUUUUUUGCGGGACAUUUUUUGAGCUGAAAACCCAGACAAGUGUCACAAUGAGUCUCACAGCUAAGGACAAGGCCGUUGUGAAGGAUCUUUGGGGAAAGAUCUCUUCCAAGGCUGAUGAGAUCGGCGCCGAGGCAUUUGGCAGGCUGCUGGAGGUCUAUCCUCAGACAAAGACCUACUUCUCUCACUGGUCUGAUCUUCAUCCCGGAUCACCCCAAGUGAAAAAGCACGGUGCCGUAAUUGCCAGGAAAAUUGGAGAAGCCGUUGCCCACAUCGACGAUCUUUGCGGAUCCCUGACCGCACUAAGCGAGCUGCAUGCUUUUAAGCUCCGUAUUGACCCUGCUAAUUUCAAGCUCCUGGCCAGGACCCUUAAGGUGACCGUGUCCAUGCUUUUCCCCGGGGACUUCACCCCUGAAGUUCAGGUGUCUUUUGACAAGUUUCUGGACAACCUGGCCUAUGCUCUGUCUGAUAAGUACCGCUAAAUGAAGUACCAGUUUCAGGAGACGUCGUUUGAUUGACAUCCAGAAAUGAUCGUGACAAUAAACAGAAUUAAACAAUACACAA